AUGACGGACUCACCUGGUGGUCGAGGGUCGAAAUCUCUCAUGGAGAAUCUGCUCGGUCUUCUCCGCAUCCGCGUCAAGCGCGGCGUUAACCUCGCCGUCCGCGACGUCCGUAGCAGCGAUCCUUACAUCGUUAUCAAGAUGGGCAAACAGAAACUGAAGACUCGUGUGAUUAAAAAGGAUGUUAAUCCAGAGUGGAAUGAAGAUCUUACUCUUUCUGUUACGGACCCUUCUAUUCCAGUCAAGCUGACUGUGUAUGAUCACGAUACGUUCAGCAAGGAUGAUAAAAUGGGGGAUGCAGAGUUCGACAUAGUACCUUAUAUUGAGGCAUUGAAGAUGGAUUAUGGAGGCAUCCCAAGCGGCACGAUUAUAACAAGAGUACAACCUUGCAGGCAAAACUGCCUAUCUGAGGAGAGCUGCGUCCGCUGGAGCGAAGGCAAGGUCAUCCAAGAUCUCUGUCUCAGAUUGAGAAAUGUGGAAUGCGGUGAAGUUGAAAUCCAGUUGCAGUGGAUCGAUCUUCCUGGUUCCAAGGGCUUAUCAUGAAUGACCAUUCUGUAUGUAUGUUUUCUGUCUUAUUUAUUAUAUGGGCUGCUUGCAAGCUUCUACCACCUGAAACCGAAAUCAACUUGGAGUGGAGUGGUUUUCUUUCAUGGCUGGAUUGGUUUGUUCAUGUAUAUGUAUAACAGAAUCAACAAUGCUUGUACUUUGAUUCGACUAAUGGUUGGUUUUAAGCUUGUAACUCAUUAAAAUAGGUUGAACAAUUUGGGGAUCUUGUUAUCAUAAAAUACUGAGUGAGUUGCAUGUACCCCUUUCACAUGUUGCUGGUUACAUCUCAAGCUUCUAGCUCAUUCUUAUGGGAGACUAUAUAGCAAUAUAAUAAGCCUUCUUUCGCAAUGGGUGAUAGAAUUUAUGCAGAACUCUGCUUUGCUCUGUUGCAU